AUGACCACCUCCAAAGACACCACACCGGGGGAGAAACCCCCUCUGGAGUCGGCCCAGGUUACCGAUGAUGGCAAGCAUCCAUUUGGUAUCGUCUCAGAGGAUGUCAUCAAAGUGCCAAAAGUAGACGCAGACCAUGUCGAAGACGGCGAGAAGUCAUCCAAAUAUGAGACCUACAUUGAGAAAGGGCUCACUCCAGACGAUGCCAGGUUCCUCGCCGAUGUGUCCGAUUCCGAGGAGCGCAAGAUCUAUCGCAAGGUCGAUUGGAGAGUUGUUCCCAUGCUGGCAACACUUUAUCUCAUCUCCCAUCUCGAUCGUGCAAAUAUCGGCAAUGCGAAAAUCGAAGGCCUCGAGGCAAGCCUGGGAAUGAGUGGAAGCGACUAUAAUGUCGCUGUCUCGAUGUUUUUCAUACCCUACAUCCUAUGUGAAGUUCCGAGCAACAUGAUUCUAGUCAAAUUUAAGCGGCCCAGCACAUACAUUGGGAUUCUAGUGAGCUGCUGGGGUUUGAUCGUCACCCUCACCGGCCUCGUCCAAAACCUUGCGGGUCUAUGCGUUGUGCGCUUUCUCAUCGGCCUCUUUGAAGCCGGAUUCUUUCCCGGUGCAAUCUAUCUGAUAUCCCAGUGGUAUCCUCCCAACAGGACACAGUCCCGUGUCGCGCUCUUCUAUCUCUCGAGCGCUGCGUCAGGCGCAUUCUCGGGCCUCCUCGCCGCCGGCAUUGCCCAGCUCGAUGGCGUAGGCGGCCUUCGUGGCUGGCGCUGGAUCUUCAUCUUGGAGGGCAUCCUCUCCGUCGUCUUGGGAAUCGGCUGCUUCUUCCUCCUACCUGAUACGCCUUCCCUCUCUGGCCGCUGGCUCGCUCCUUCCGAGCAGCGGUACCUGAACCUCAUGCACCUCGCAACUCGCGGCGCCAAACCCAGUAAAACAGCCUCGGAGGAUCCGGAGUCCAAGAAGCGAUUCAAUUGGCGCGUUCUGCGGCAGGUCAUCACAGAUCGCAACCUCUACCUCCAGGCUCUCAUCUUCUCGUCAAACACCAUCCCUAACAACGGGAUGAAGUUCACCAUGCCUCAGAUCAUCACGAACAUGGGCUACCGCUCCACCAACGCACAGCUCCUGUCCGCCCCUCCCUACCUUGCCGGCGCUGCUACGGCUGUCCUAUCCUCUUUCUGGGCUGACAAACGCAAUGGCCGACGCAUGCCUCCAAUCGUCUUCUUCCAAACCAUGGUGUUGGUCUCGAUGGCUGUUCUCUUCACAUACGCCCCGAAGAUCUCCGACAAUAUUGCACUUUGCUAUGUCAUGGUAGUGUUGGCUUGUGCUGGCAUGUAUAGCAUCAUCCCGCCAAACAAUACAUGGACCGUCAACAACCUCGCCGGUCCCGAAAAGCGCGCCGGCGGCAUCGCAUUUAUGGUCAUGAUGGGCAACACCGGCGCCUUCGUCGGCAGCUGGGUCUUCCUGGAGAACGAGAAACCAGAUUAUCCCACGGGCUUCGGCACGUGCUUGGCUAUCUCUGCGGCCGGCAUCAUGGCGGCUUUGACGUUGGAGUGGCUGUAUAGCAGGCACAAUAAGCGUUGGGAGGGGCAUACGAGGGAGGAGAUCGAGGCGUUGUAUACGCCCGAGCAGCUCGAGAAGCUGGGAGAUCGCAGUCCGCUAUUCAAGUAUGCAUUGUAG